UGUUGUGUCGCCAAAAUUUGCUGCAGUAGUUUUUAUUAAAGUUUUAUUGAUUGAAAGCUCGGAUACACACAGUAAACCUGCCGUUCAAACACAAAAAAGGCGUGAAAACGCGUGAACGCUGCGUGUGGAGUCUAAGGUGUAGGUGAGGAGGUCAUGAAUCGAGUCCCCCUGCAGCAGCCGCAGAGCUGUGGGCCCUGGGAGCUGAAGGAGCGGCUCGGCACCGGGGGCUUUGGAAAUGUCACAAGAUGGCAAAACAAGGACACAGAGGAGCAGAUUGCUAUAAAGCAAUGCCGCCAAGAGCUGAGUGAGAGAAACAAGGAGAGAUGGUGUCUGGAGAUCCAGAUCAUGAAAAGGUUGGAUCAUGUCAAUGUGGUUGCUGCCCGAGAAGUUCCUCAAGGAAUGCAGAAAAUGGUGGCCACCAAUGAUCUGCCGUUGCUGGCCAUGGAGUACUGUCAGGGUGGAGAUCUGAGAAAGUAUCUGAACAUUUUGGAAAACUGCUGUGGAAUGAGGGAGGGGUCCAUUUUGAUUCUGUUACGGGAUAUUUCUUCAGCUUUAACCUACCUCCAUAAGAAGAGGAUCAUUCACAGGGAUCUGAAACCAGAAAACAUUGUGCUGCAACAGGGAGAGAAGAGAUUGAUCCACAAGAUUAUAGAUCUUGGCUAUGCUAAAGAGUUGGACCAGAGCAGUCUUUGCACAUCAUUUGUGGGAACCCUGCAGUACUUAGCUCCAGAGCUCAUAGAAAGGCAGAGGUACACGGUCACUGUGGACUACUGGAGCUUUGGGACUUUGGUGUUUGAGUGUAUCGCAGGAUUUCGGCCUUUCCUGCCAACGUGGCAACCUGUUCCCUGGCACAACAAACUCAGGCAGAAGCUGGACAAUAUUAUUAUUGUCUACGAGGACCUCACUGGGGACGUCCGCUUUUCCGAACACAUCCCUCAGCCCAACAACCUGAACAGUCUGUUAUUAGAGAAGAUGGAGAGGUGGCUGAAGCUGAUGUUAAAGUGGUCUCCUCAGGAGAGAGGCAAAGACCCCAGUGCUACCCCCAGCGACUGCUUCUCCCAGCUGGAGCUCUUAUUGCAAAUCAAGCUGGUUCAUGUCUUGAACAUGUCGUCUGCAAAGAUCCUCACUUAUUCAGUAUCCGAUGAUGAGACAGUGGCCAACCUGCAGCUAAGAAUAGAAAAGGACAGCAACAUCCCUGCAGCCAAUCAGGAGCUGCUGCUUGAGGCGGGGUUGGCCUUGGAGCCUCAUGCGUUGGCCACACAGUGCGCCGUAGAUUACACAGAGAUAGAUGGAAGAAGAACAGACUUUCCUCUGGUUUUCCUCUUUGAUCGUUCCUCUUGUGUUUAUGAACCUCAGUUUGCUCCUCGAACUCUCCCUGAAAAUAUCCGCUUUGUCCAAACCGAUCCUAACUACGUUCUGGCUUACAGCCCUCUAAGGAGGACUUGUGGCCAAGCGUGGCACACCAUCCGCUCUCUCAAGGAAGACUGGCAAAGACUGCAGCAGGGGCAGAAAGCUGCCAUCAUGAGCCUGCUGAGACACAACUCUUCACUGUCCAAACAGAAGAAUGAGAUGGUGUCCAUGUACCAGAGACUCAUUGCCAAACUGGAUUUUUUUACCACCAGCCUUCACAUAGACAUGGAUAAAUACCAGGAGCAGACAGCCACAGGGAUCGCAUCAGACAAACUGCUGGGUGUGUGGAGAGAGAUGGAGCAAACUGCUGUCAGCUGUGGUCAGGUUAAGGUGAGUGAGUUGGAGGAGGAGAUGAUGCAGCUGCAGCCAGACAUAGUGGAUGUGCAGCGGCAGCCAUGGAGGAGUGGAGAGGCCUUGGAUACACUUGAAGGAAAAGCCAUGGAGCUGUUCCGAAAACUCAGAGAGAAGCCCAGAGACCAGAGGUGUGCAGGAGACAGUCAGGAGGUGGUGCGUCUGGUGGUUCAGGCUGUGCAGUUCUAUGAGAAGAAGCUCAGAGAUUUCUACACACACCUCAGUAAGACUGCACUGUGCCGCCAGCGUGUGAUGGAGUUACUGCCAAAGGUAGAGGGCGUGGUCCAGAAAAUGGCGGAAAGCGAACAAGUGUUGAUGAGUCUGCAGGAGAGACGACAGAGGGAGCUGUGGAACCUGCUCAAAGUCGCCUGUAGUAAAGUUCGCAGUCCAGUGAGUGGGAGUCCUGAUGGAUUACGUACCCCGUCGUCAGUACUGACUCCCAGACACAGCUUACAACAACUUGAUGAGUCUCUUGUGGAGGAGAGCAGGACAUUUGAGAGCCGCCUUCAGAGUUUGCUGCACGACACCAUCCAGGAAUCUGAGAGCAGUAUGGAGAUGCUGAGGGAGUGGACGUGGCUGCGUGGAGGCCAGGAUUUCUCCAGUGACCUCUCAUAAACUGAGUUUCCAUCUUUGCGGAUAUGUAGUACUCUGCUGCCUCUGUGUGGAUGGGCUGUCAAAUUACACGUGGGAUGUAUGAUGACAGUCUGAAGUGGACGUGUAGCAGUUUAAAAAAAAAACAAAAAAAAUCAGUGAGAUUGCUAACACCUUAUUGGCUUUGUGAAAAAGAAUAAUUAAAUCUAUGUUCAGGAUUAAUGUCAGAGAGAUUAAUUGGAGUGUCAUCUUUCAGCUUAAACAGAACAUUCUGGCUGUAAUUCCAGUAAAGAUUAAAAUCUUAAUCUCCUAUUACAUAUUUGUACAUUCCUAUAGGCUUAUGGUUUAUGAAGCACCUUGCACAGUUCUGACCCUAUAUCUGCAUACAACAUGAUUAUUGUAAAUAAUCUUUUGCUGGAUUUGUAAGACGAUCUCUUUCUUAGUUUCAGAACUAAUUUUCUUUCAUCGUGAUUGUUGUUCUUUGGAAACCACAGAUGUUAUUCUUAACAAAUGUGUGCCUUGAACUGCGUGUUCAUAUCUGGAACACUACUUUUUAUUGCAGGUUUUAUUUGGUUUAAGGAUGUGAUUUAGAAUUGAAAAGAGGUCUGUUUUCACCGUUUGCUCAGUAACUGUAUGAAUGUGUUUUUAAACCCACUUAUGAAUGCAUGGGGAAAUGAGGAAUAUCUUCAAUAAGAGGAACAUGUAUCAAAUACAGCACAGUCCAGUAUGCCAUGAAUAACUGCAAGUGUUUUGUUUAUACUGUUGAAUUGUUUUGACAUGCUGGGUAUAAUGCAGUAUGGCAAUAUUUUAUACAUUUUUUUAAUCAUUACCUUGAAACAAUGAAAAAGAAGUCAAAUGUGUGAAUUUUAGCAAAACUGUGAAUUACCACAAAACUAACAUUACUCUGGUCUGGUGCUUUGGCCUCAUCACAAUUGUUUCCACAUUUUUCUUCCCGUUUUCAUCUUAAGCCCAACAAUUAAAGGUAGUACUGUAAAGAUCACACAAGGUGAUGCUUAUUAUCAAGUAUCUCAGAAUUAUUUUGUGUACAGACUUUAUGCUGUUAAGAUUGUAAAAAUGUCAAACAAAAUUAAAUCUUGACUCUGGU